AUGGCUCCAGAUGAGCCUUCGGUGGCUGCACCAUUCCCGCUGACAGCUCUUGACCGUGAGAUUCUCUCCAUGAGCGAUGACGACUUUCACCCACACACUUGGGAAGAACUAAAGCAGAUUAUUGCUGAAAACAAUCUAAGCGUCUUGAAAAGACGGCCUUCAGAUUUGAGGCGGUAUAUCAAGUGGUCUGCUGAGACCAAGGCAGCCUAUGGCACAAUACCAAACUUCAUCAUGAGAGAAAGGCUUAAAUGGACGCCAUUGCCUUCAACGACCGCGCAGUCUGGGCCACUCUUUGCCAUUGAGAGUCCAGUUCCUUUUGCUCAUGAAGCAGAUUACAAGAUCCUGGUCAACGACUGGCCGUAUGGUCUGGAGAAGGGCGUUCGACACAUGAUUGUCUGGCUCAAGGUCAGGCUAGAGUCUGAGCCUACUCGUGGCGACAUGACCCCGAAGUCGAGGCAACAAGUGGAAGACUUCAUACAGACGAUGUUUGUUGAUCGAGUGAGAGAUCUACCAGGACCAGUGGAGAAGGUCAUGUGGUUCAAGAACUGGACAGCCUUGCAAUCUGUGCCGGGUAUGGAGCAUGUACACGUGCUUGUUCGAGACAUUCCGGACGACAUCAUCGAGGAAUGGACGGGUGGCGUAGAACCACUAAACGUAUAG